UCCUCGCAUGUAUGAAGCAAAUUCUGUUUGUCCCUCCGUACACAUAUUGCUGGAAUGAUGCUAAACUCGGUAAAGAUUUCAAUUCACUCCCAACUCACCCUCAGUCCCUCAUUUCCUUUGGCAGCAUCUGGUGGACCUUUGCAGUGUUGCUGAUGUCUGCCUACAUGUCCUAUAACAUAACGCAAGAGCUGAUGAACUACUACAGAUACCCAGUGAUCACCAACACGAAGGUGGAAGUCCGACAAGAGCUUCCCUUUCCAGCCAUCACCUUCUGCAACCAGAGUCCUUUCAACCUGACUGCGGUCAAAGAAGCUGAUCCCUACUUGGAGAAAUAUUUCAAUGGGGUCAGCCUGCUUGGGAGUUUUAAUGAUGCAAUCAAUUGGAGUGAUCCAGGAUACGGUACUACCUUCUCUGAGGGGCAAAGUCUGGACUGGUGGAAGAAGAUACUCAUGAAACCAAGCCAAAUGCUCAAUUUAUGCAUUAUGAAAGGUUCCAGGUGUUUGGCAGCUUUAAAGCCGGUUGUGACCAACAUGGGUCACUGCACAACAUUCAAUUGGAAUGCUUCUGAUGUUGCCAAAGUGAGAGUGACAGGCUUCGAUAAUAACCUCAUCAUAUUUGCAGACAUCUUCCAUAAUGAAUAUGUCAUUGGUUCACAGAUGGCAGCUGGGCUGAGGGUGAUCCUGCACGACCCCCGUAUCCACCCAGACGUUGCGACAUCAUCGUUUGUGGCAGCUCCGGGAACAUCCACGUACGCAGCCGUGAAAAGAUCUACGUACAUAAUUGACCUCGGUUUCGGUGAGGACGAAGCCUUCAUCAGAGAUAAUAUUUUGGAAAUCAGAAUCUACUACGAAAACCUCAUGCUCCAGGUAACUGAACAAAGCCCCCAAUACACUACAGAGACCAUCAUAGGUAACCUGGGAGGUCAAAUGGGCAUCUGUCUGGGAGCCAGCAUCCUGACAAUCACGGAGCUGGGAGAGUUCGUCCUUACACUCUGCAUGUCCAUCUUCAAGAAACUUCGGAGUGGUGGAAAACGUAAGCGCAUCAAACCCACCAAGAACUGA